AUAAGGGUCCACCUCAUCAACUAGAUUAGUGUAUCAACAAAGACAUCAAUUCUCAUGUAUCCCUUUAUAAGAGAAUUUGAUUGAGACCCUUUUGCAGUAACAGGUUUAUACAUAUAUAUCAUGCUUUAAUUUUAAAUCCUGAAUUCUUAAAAAUGGCAGCAUCACAAGAAACUUCAAGUUUGAAACUAUUGAGGCAACAUCUCUUAGAGGAUAUAUCAGACUCUUUUCCCACCAAUCUCAGUUCUGGAAAACUUGAACACACAUCAUCAGAAAUUGACAAGGAUUCAUAUUUUUCAGAACAAAACAGUUUCCUUGAAAUUCUUGGUUUUGAAGCUGAUACAAAAGUUACUGACUUCACUUCUCAUAAUAAGGCACAAAACUCAAAAGCAGAAAGUCCCUUUGAUGAAACACAGAAGAGGACAGAAUCAACGAUGUUGGAGAAGAAAGAACAGAGAUGUUACAGAGGAGUGAGGAGAAGGCCAUGGGGAAAAUUUGCUGCAGAGAUUCGUGACCCGACAAGAAAAGGAAGCAGGGUUUGGUUAGGAACAUUUGACAGUGAGAUAGAUGCUGCUAAGGCUUAUGAUUGUGCAGCUUUCAGAAUGAGGGGUCAGAAAGCUAUAUUGAAUUUUCCUUUGGAGGCAGGUGAAACUAAUCCAAAGCCUAACAGUGGCAGGAAAAGGAGAACACAUCACAGAGAUUCUGCAACAAGUUCAAGUUAAGAUAUGUUAAGUAUUGCAGAUAUUAGAUUUUUAUAUUGAAUCUAGUUUCUCUUAAUAAAAUCGAUUUGUAAAUUUAGUAGUGUCACUUAUAUAGAUGUUUUGAAAUCACUAUCUCUUUUUAAUAUGGAAUUUGCAUUUUCUUAGAGAUUUUAGCGGAAAUCUCAUGGAGAAUUCUUGGAAAAUGGAGUAGCCAAGUUAUAUCUUAUCCUUUAUCUCUUAUAUUUUCAGUUUUUUAUUUUC